UCCGUAAACUCGCGAUCCCGUCACCCGUGGCCGAUCCAAACAAUCAUGGCGGACUACCGAGAGGCGCCCUUGGCCACCCGGCCAAAAACGCUUGACCCGAAUGAAUAUUUCAAUCUUUCUCCGGAGCAGAGGCGCGCGGAGGAGUCCCGGGCAGCACUGCGGGCCGGCCUGAAGCGGCAGUACCAGCUGCAGCUCAACGACCCGCACAGGAAGGAGCUCAUUGAAGACCCUGCGCUGACCCGAUGGGUGUAUGCACGAGCCAACCCCUACCCUCUCUUCAGAGCCACAAAGAAGACCUCUCUGCUUGGUGUGAUGUUUGGAGUGGUGCCUCUGUUUGCCCUCUAUUACGUCUUCAAGACCGACCGGGAUAACAAGGAGGAGAAGAUUAAGGCCGGGACCCUCGAGCGCAGCUUCAGUUUAGCGUCAUGAGCUCCGGUGUAGAAAGUUCCUCCUGUAAUGUCCUAGAAAUGUCGUUCUUUAAC